AUGUCGACCCGCCGAGGCGUUGGACUUGGUGCUUUCACAAACCGCAACCAAACCGUUCAAUCAUAUGCGACACAUGGCGCCAACCUUCGCUCCGCGCACCUUUCCUCCCUCCAGACCCAGCUGUCCGUCUUCCAGUCUCUCCUCCACACCUUUGCCCUCGAGCACAGCUCAACGAUCAAGUCGAACCCGACAUUCCGGGCUGAAUUUGCGCGCAUGUGCAAUGCCAUCGGCGUCGAUCCUCUGGCAGCGAGUAACGUUAAAGGGAAGAAUGGCCGGCGAGGAGAGAGCGGUAGCUUCUGGACGCAGAUCAUGGGCGGUGAUAUGAACGACUUCUAUUUCGAGGUUGCGGUACGGGUUGUGGAACUCUGCCGCGCAACGAGAAGCGAGAACGGCGGUCUGUUAGGCGUGGAGGAAUGUCGGAAACAGGUUGGCAAGGGCAAGGCUAUCGGGAGUGGUCUGGAAGUCACUGAUGACGACGUCCUUCGCGCCGUGAAGUCACUCGGACCACUGGGGUCUGGCUUUUCCAUCGUCCAGGUCGGAAGCAAGCAAUAUAUCCGUUCAGUCCCCAAGGAGCUGAACACGGACCAGGCGACAGUGCUAGAGGCCAUUCAGAUACUCGGCUACAUCAGCAUCUCCAUGUUGCAGCUGAACCUGAACUGGGAAAAGGCUCGAGCGCAAACCGUAAUUGAUGAUCUCGUAGCGGACGGCUUAGUUUGGGUCGAUGCGCAGGGUGAAGAGAAGGAGUACUGGUCUCCCCAGAAUCUCCUGGACGAUAGCGGAUGA